GUGGGCCCUGGAGAUGGAGGCAAAAAUACAGGGAGGGCCGCCGGGCGUUAGCCUGGGGCUGCGGUUUGCCCUUGACCUCGCUUUGGGCCCCAGGUUCGGCGCCCCAGGUUUGGUGGAAGCAGCAGCUGGUCAGUUGGAGCCAGGCCUGGCCACCGCCGCCUGCUGUUUCUCCUGCAUCUGCCCCGCAAGGCGGCCCUGGCGUCUUUGUGUCAGAGAAGCUUGGAGACCACACAGAGCCCGACCCCGAAGGACCCCACCCUCCUGCUGGGGCCGCAGGGACCUGGCGACAGACAGCGUCCUGUCCGUAUUCUCAUUCUCAGGAAGGCCUUGGCGUGGGUGAGGUGCCCGGACCCCUAAGCACCCGGCCAUGCACAGAGAGGGGCAGCGGCCCCGGGGAGCCAGGCGUGGCUGGUUUCUCAGUGGUCCCGCCAGAGGGCACUGGACAUGUGGACAGGCAGGAACCCCAUGUUCUGGGGAGAAGGGAACCCCCAAGCCCAUGACCAGGAAAUUGCAUUUCCCUGAUGCGGUCUGUGCAGGGCAGGUGGAGGGAAGCUGGGAGAAGGGGGAUGGCGUGCCGGGCAGAGGGACCCGUGUGGGCAAAAGCGUGGGGGACGAAGGGCCGGGAGGCUGUGGGGCCCUGAGCAGGGCAGAAUCUAGGGCUCAGGACUGCCAGCACCCAUGGGACACAGCUGGGCGGAAAGGCAGGACUGGUUUGGGGACAUUACUGGUUGGCAGGCCGGCUCUUCGGCGAGGGGCUUCUAGACUGAGCUUGGCAGAGACCAGGUCUCUUGGCCAGAAGGGGAGGAGCAGGGGGUGCCCCCGCAAGCCACCCUGUGCAGAGAUGGGCUGGGGGCAUGGCCUCCAUCUGCCAGUUCCUGGCCCAAGUUCUUUCUAAAUUUGUGCUCUUAGCAGGGCCCUGAGCCAUGCAUAGGUCUUUGCCAGCUCUGGCUCUUCUGUCCCAGCAUGUGCUCCCUGUGCUGGGGCUCUAGGCUGGGGUACAGGGAAGAGAAAGGGGACGAUGAGAGCGACCGAGCCCCAGGCCUGGUGGAAGAGGAGAGAACAGAAGCAAGGCCUCCUAAGCGGAAACCUCCCCAGAGCUUCCUCCGCUGCAGACGCUCCCUGGGGACCCGCAGGUGUCGCUGCCCCUCCAAGCCUGGGUUGACCAUUGAGGCCCCUGACCCCACGCGGACCCUCCCCAGGAAGCCAGCGCUCUCUGCUCCCUGAGGCUCAGGCCCCAGCCUCUGGCCUGGACAGGGGGCCGCCCUGGGGGACGGGGGCCAGCAAGAGCCUGACCUGAGCAGCCGCAGGGCGAGCGACCUGCAUGCCGAGCGCCGCCCCUGCGCCAUGGACCGCGGCCAGCCCAGCCCGGAGCCCGCGGCCGCGGCCCCGGCCCGCGGCCCGAGCGUGAUCGCCCCCGUGCGCGCCGUGGUCCGCCUGCGCCGCCGCGUGUGCCUUCUGCGCACGCGGCGCCUCCCGACGCCCGGAGCCGGGCCGGACUUCGGGCCUGGGGCGCCGCGCGCAGACCUGCACCAGCCGCAGUUCUUCACCUUCGAAGGCCCGGCGGAGCUGUCCUCGAGGGCGCCGCGGAAGAGGCGCCGGCGCAGCCGCGUGGUUCUCUACCCCGAGACCUCGCGCAAGUACCGGCCGCAGGCGGAGCGCCGGAGCCGCGCGCAGCGCUGCUUGUUGCUGCUCGUGGCCAUCGUGGGCUUCCAGGUGCUCAACGCCAUCGAGAACCUGGACGAUAACGCGCUGCGCUAUGACCUCGACGGGCUGGAGAAGGCGCUGCAGCGCGCCGUGUUCGGCCAGCCUUCAGCCGUGGGGCGCAUCGUGGCGCUGCUGCGGGACUACCUGGCCACGCACGUGCACAGCCGCCCGCUGCUCCUGGCGCUGCACGGGCCCAGCGGCGUGGGCAAGAGUCACGUGGGCCGCCUGCUGGCGCGCCACUUCCGCGCGGUGCUGGAGGACAGCGCGCUCGUGCUGCAGUACGACGCGCGACACCACUGCCCGGAGCCCCGCGCCGCGCAGGACUGCCGGGAGGAGCUGGCGCAGCGCGUAGCUGACGUGGUGGCGCGGGCCGAGGCCGAGGAGAAGACCCCGCUCCUGGUGCUGGACGAGGUGGAGCUCCUGCCGCAGGCGCUGCUGGAUGAGCUGCACGGCUUCCUGCAGCCGCAGCGCUCACACCACUUCCACAACGCCAUCUACGUGCUCCUCAGCGGCGCCGGCGGCGCGGAGGUCACGCGCUUCGUGCUGCAGAACGCGUCCCGCGCGCUGGCCCUGCGCCCCGACGGCGCCCACGGGGCCCGCGCCGCGGCGAUGGCGGCACAGGCCGAGGAGGAGCUGCGCGUCCGCCUGCAGGCGCUCCUGGUCCGCGAGCACCCGCUGUGGCAGGCCGCGGCCAUCGUGCCUUUCCUGCUGCUGGACAAGCGGGAUGUGGUCAACUGCUUCCGGGAUGAGAUGGCCGGGGAGGGCUUCUUCCCAGAGCAGGCCCACGCCGAGCUCCUGGCCGCGCGGCUCAGCUACUACCGCGUGGCGGGCCGCGAGUUUGCCGUCACUGGCUGCAAGCAGGUGGUGGCCACUGUGAACCUCCUGUAGCACAGCAGACGCCAGAGGGCACAAUGGGCCGGGUCGCCAGGACGAUGGUGGCAGGAGGAGGGAGGGACCCCUGUGGGUUUGCCCCAGGCUUCUGAGGCCCUAAUAAAUCUGUCCCUGAC